AUGUUUGAGAAGUAUUUCACACCAUUUCCCAUUCCUGCGCUAGCCUUGUUAUAUACCGCGGCAGAGUGUUGCAUCGAUGAAUGGACUGACAGAGAGCGGAGCGACAUCAAUUUUUCAAGUGGCGAGUAUAAAGCAGUAUAUGAUAAACACCUCGCCAAUCUUAGGAAGUUCGAUUCACGAACGAAAGCCCAUGGGAUCCUUGAUUCCAUCCUCAAGGACAUUAACGUCAAUGGGAGAACACAUGCUAGAGUGGAUACGAUGGAUGUUACAUGCGGAGACUAUCUGUCUGAUGUUGAGAUCAACAAUGCGAUUCGGGAAUCUAUGCAGGGGGGUGAUGGCGGGAAUAAGAGCGACAGUGCGGAUGAGCUUGACAGUGAAUCUGAUGACAACGGUGACAAUGGUGAGGACGAGUAG